UGACCUUGAAGGUAAACAAUCAACAAACAACAAACAGACUCUUGAGUGCAUCAGUAGCAUAAUUUCAGUUUAUUUUAAGUGAAAUACACACAAAACUAGCGUUUUAGUUGCCCAACAGUUAGAAACUGCUUUGGGUAAGACAAGAGCUUGUAGAUCGGCUAGCGAUAGAAACGAUGGAGGGUUAUCCGUACAUGCAGAAAGUCGCCAGCUCUUUCCCACCGUAUCAAGAAACUGCGGCAAACGGAGACAAAUCAACCGCGUCGAACGUUAAUUUUGAACCACCGAUGCUCGAACAAUUGAUGCCCUCCGGGGUGGUUGCUGCUAGUCCAUACCCCGGUGAUGCUGCUGCAUAUAAUAACAUUGAAAAUAGCAAUACGGUUCCAGCCACUACUACUUCCACCUCCGGGACGAAUAGCGUUGAUCCAUAUUCUAGUUCAGUCGGGGAUAAUCUUAGCUCGUCUCAAAGCGUGCCACAAAAACAACCACCCGCUCAUGCACCAGCUGUUCAGAAUGGACAACAGAUGACCGAUUCAACGGAAGAAGCUGUCGAGCCAUCUGUUUGUAAUGGAACCUCGUCAUCUAAAGAAAACACAGAUGCGUCAAUACCGGGCGAUUCCAGUAUAGCGCCGCUAAAUGCUGAGGAACAAACAGCAGUGAACGAUAAAACCGAUGCAUCGAUUAAGGAAGUUGUUGUAAAUGAAUCUUCAAAACCUACAGAAACGAGAAACCCGAACAAACCCAAUGAUGAUAGUGCCAUAUCGAACGAAACACCCGUUGGAGAAGGUGAACCUCCAAGCGUAUCAAACAAGCCGGAACCGGAUAAUACUGCUCCAGCGAAACGCUCUAAAACGAAUGACAUCACAUCGGUGGACGAAAAGCUGGAUGAUUCUAAUCACGAUGAAGAUGAAGAAUACAGCAGCGAUACUGUGAUAUCUGACUCCUGUCCAACGGAUUCGGGGAAUGUAUCUUCCCUGUUCAAAAACGUAGUACUAGUGCAAGCAGAAACAAUAACAGCCGAAGAAACCGGCUCGGAUGCAGCAUCGGAACCCGGUAGGCAUUCGUUAAGCGAAUCGGAAACUUUGGACCCGAUCGUUGCAAGUUCCGUCGAAGAUAUUGGCCGAGAAGACGAAAACGAAAUGUUUGAUGCCGAUUUGCUGAUAGACGAAACGGGGGAUAACUAUGCAAUAAUAGACGGUGUAACGGCUGGCCAGAUGGGACGGACCGUUGCACUAGACGCGCCCAUUAUUGACCCGAACGAUGCGGAGGAAGAAGCAGAAAAUGGUGAUGGCGAUGAGGAAAAUCAUUGCAGAAAAAAUGAUAGCAAUGGUAAUAGGAAAACCUAUCCAUCAUUUGCUGGAGCAAAAAACUCCAAGCGGAAGGAAUCUGUAUCAGUUUCGUCGGAUGAAGAAUCCUUAAAGGAAGGAUCAAUUAGACCUACAUCACAAAAGUGCCAAAAAUCGAACUCGAGAAAAAAACGACCAAAAGUGUCGAAUGACGACCCGUUCGGAUCCUGCGCUAGUUCAUCGAGUGAAGACGUCCCGAACGAUAUGUAUUUCGGUACGCCGGAUCGUGUGUUUACCGUCAGCACCAAACUCCACUGGCAGCGUCAGAAGCAAAAGCGCAGUAAAUACUACGCACGAGCCAAGGCUACCGACCGGUACGACGACGAUGCAUCAAGCGAUGAGGAAGACGACGACAACGACGACGACGAAAAACAUGCCCAGCGCAGGGCAAAAAGGGCAGAAGAAAUCGCACGCCUCAAGCUGCCCGCCUAUCAGCAACAGCAGCUGCAGCAACUGGUGCUGAAGAAGCAUCCGAAGCGUGAUCGGUUUUAUGAUCGCUCGCAGGAUAUUCCGAACGAUAUAUACUUCGGAAAUGUUAAAGUUCCGCUACAUAUUCUUCACGCGUCGAGCAGUAGCUCUUCGGAGGAAGAACCAUGGCCUGGUGGAAGCGUGAAAUCAUCGGCAGGCGCUAGCUGCUAUCACAAGAAAAAUCAUCACUCGGAAUACAGACAUCGCAAGGAAAGUGCGGCCUAUACAAAGUCUUCAAACUAUCGAUAUUCUCGAAGCACAUCAUCCAGAGCGGAAUCAACAAGCUCCCAGGGAGGUACGAGAUCCGUUCACCGGAUGAAGGAGUAUCUCAAGAUGGCAGGCUUUCGGCACAUGCGUUAUCAGAAGCUUUGGCAGGGGUGUGAAACCAAUCACGACCGUGCCGAGGCCAUAUUACGCUUUCUCCAGGCGCACGGUCUACAGGGUGAACCGACGGACGAAAAGUGUCGCGAGCUGCGUAAGGAAAUUCAACUCAAAAAAGAAGUGGAAGUUUUGGACACGAGCGUUAUCAUUGGCAGUGGCGAAGGUCGCGUAACACGGCAAAGGGCUAAGAAAGUGUCCGAAACGACAGCUGCUGAAACCAGCGCAAAUCUUCCACCGGAACAACAGUGUCUUCAGAAGGAUGAGCAGACGGUGGUGGACCCCGCUUCUGCUGCUUCUGUUCCUUCCGAAACGGUUGAGCAAGAAACAGAAUGCAAACAGCAGCAGCAGGAGCAGGUGUCGUCGCCUGAAGAAAAUGACCCAUCGGAAAAAGGCGUAGAACAAGCAUUGCCGACAGGUGAUUUAAAUCAUUCAAAUUCACCUCCAAACGAAUGAUUUCACAUAUGCUUAAAAAAAAGAUCGUAUCUCAGUUUGCAAUUAGCUGGCAAAGCCUGAUUUUAUUUGAUGUAAAAAUCAUUUCUCGUAAGCAAUAUAACUCCACUUUUGAACGUGUGCAAUUUUCCCAAUUAGUUUUACACGCUGAAAACUACAAUCAAAAAUUAGUUUUAAAAUAAGCAUAGCUGCAACAAGCAUUAUUUCCCUUUACGAUGCGCCAUACGUAACGUUUAUCUUUUUAAACGAGCUUGUUUUUGCAAAGGUUACACCUUUUGUUUGUAGUCAUGAUGAAAUUUGUUUGCUUUUUCUAGCGAAGUAAGGUAGUGCUUCGGUAAGAGCAUGUGCUUCUUUUUAAUGCAAAGUUUUCGGAAGAAAUUGAAAUAAAAAUGAUAUUGUACACUGCAAA